GCCAAGGCAAAAUGGGAUGACAUGGCAGCGAACUACAAGGAGAGGAAGAUUCCCAUGGACAUGGACGGACCGAACCCCAAGAAGCCCAUGCAAUUGCGGGUGUUCAUGGGAAAGAAUGUCAACUUCAAGAAUGCUGCGACGAUUGAGAAGCAUAUCGAGAGGGCCGAGGCAUCGAUCAAGAAGCCGACUGAGGAAAAGUGGGACAACUUGAGAGGCAAGACCUUCCGCAACUUCGACAAGAUGGGUACAGGCCCGAGCAGCUCCGACAUGCAGGACGUCGCCAUCGGAAUCGUUUCUUCUGGCUCGGGCCAGGCAUUCAGCCAAGUGGGCAUGCAACUCCCAGACGUCACCAUCCUGGGCCGUCGCGAUGACGACGAAGAUGCUGACUUCAAGGAGGACCCCAAGGACGCAACUGCUGGCAACAAGGACGGCAAGGACGGUAACAAACGCCCACACGGAGACACCGGCGGCCACGACGAAGUUGAAUCGAAGACGGCCAGGACGGUUGUUGGGAAGCCGAAGGCGAAGGCGAAGUGGGUCGACAUCGCUGGCGCAGUCAAUGCGGCUCGUUGGACCCUGAGGACCCAGAUGAGUAAGGUCCAGUCCUCGACGAAUGAUCUCUACAGCAAGCUCAAGGCGUCUAUCGAUGACAUCAACAGCAUGGACGAAGCCAAGAAGAAGUUGAUCAGAGGCGAGUUGGCGGUGGCACAAGUGCGGUUCCAGGCCAUCGGACACGUGACGGACACAGCUCAACAAGAACUUGAUUCGUACAUUCGGACCUUCGAGGCUCAACCUGCUCGACCUCAGGCCAGCCCGGAGAAGGCUGCUGCUGACGGGACGAGCUCCGAGCUGGCGAGCCAGCAGCUCGGCCAGAUGCCACCUUGCGGCAGUUACAAGCAAUUGGUGUUGCAGUCGACCCUCGCCAACUUCGUCGACGAGCUGGACGGGGCUUCGUCGGAUAGCAUCAAAGAGAUAACCAACACAUUCCAGACGAAGAAGGCUCCGAUCACUGAUUUGAUCAACUGCUGCAGCAAGGCGCUGGACGACAUCGCCAAAGCGAAGAAGACGAUCGAUAAAAAGAGUUCAAAGGCCUCGCAGCAAGCAACUGUUCCAGUAAAGCUGGAAGCAGCGGCCGUGCAGCUGUUCGAGAUAGCCCCGCAGAUCGGUCAGGAGAUCACUACUUACCCAGUGGCUGCGGACGGUGUCGACUUUUCUGCGUCCUUCAUAGUCGGAAUCAGCCAGAACAAGGAGGCCUUUGAGAAGAUCGACGUCGUGACAACGCAGAUCACUGACUUCACGAAGCUGAUCGCGAAGUUCGAGCAGAAGAUCAGGAAGGAGCAGGAUGGCCGCAUGUCUUGCAAGGUGCCUGAGAGCGUGCAGUCGUCUGUGCGCGAGUACGCCAAGACCUGCAUCAAGGACAUCAUCGUGGACUCUGCUGCGCCAGAGAAGGUGCGGGGUGGCAUGGCCCCAAAUAUCUUCGCCAUCAUGUCUGGGGUGGACAGCUUCGGCACCGAGAAGGAGUUCGUGCCAAGUCUUCGCUUCGGCAUCUCGGGCGUGCGCAAGAUCGUGGUGACCGAGCUGCCUACUCUGGCCGCCUUCAUGGAAAGCCAGAAGGUGGACAUCGCGAAGUUCCAGAUGCCAGACUUCAACAGCUAUCUGAGGGGCAUGACGAAGCAUGCCAUUGAGCAAUACAAGACUUCCGGCGGCGUGCUCUUCCACGCGACAGUCGACGGCGCGACUGCCGCCUACCUGCCUGCAGGCUUCAUCUUCGCCGAGCGCGUGGUAGGCCAGGCCUCUCUCGGUUUCCGUGUGGGCGUCGCCAACCCCGACGGCAAGGGAGUGGAGCGGCUCAAGAAGAUUAAGGCUUCGAAGGAGAAGGCAGGCAAGGACGCGUCGUGCCAGAAUGAGUGGAUCACGGCCCUGACGCGAGGCGAUGCGAUCUUCGAGUAA